UCAGCUCCUUUAUCUAUUUUCAUUUUUCCGUGCGUUGAACAAAUUGUAUUUAUAACGUACUGUCUGUCUGUAGUCAUUUUUUGUUAUCUGUAUUCCAUAAUCCAUAUGUCUACAACCGUCUAGUCCUAUAUUAUCUAUAUAUUGUGCGGUGUUUACUGUUUAUUGUUGUUCGUGGAUUCACGUUAUUAGACUUCGUUUUAAAAAUGUUGUUCUACUCAUUUUUUAAAUCACUCGUUGGGAAGGAUGUUGUCGUUGAAUUAAAAAAUGAUCUGAGUAUAUGUGGAACGUUACAUUCUGUGGAUCAAUAUUUGAAUAUCAAACUCGUUGACAUUAGUGUAACUGAUCCUGAAAAAUACCCACAUAUGGCUUCUGUAAGGAACUGUUUCAUCAGAGGUUCAGUAGUUCGCUAUGUACAAUUACCAGCAGAUGAAGUUGAUACACAGUUGUUACAAGAUGCUGCACGUAAAGAAGCAACAGUCACCCGCUAAUAUAUUUUACAUUUAAUUACAAAUAAGGAAACUAAUAACUAUUGUUUAAGAAGUAAUAUAAAAAUAAUUAUGUAAUUUCUUUUAAAAUAAUUCAUUCUCAAAACAUUUAUUUUCCGUGUUGAAAAUCAGUGGCAUGGUGAUGAAGUUUUUAGGAAGGAACCAUGGCCCAUAUUUUUAAGACAAACUUCCAGACAUAUGACUAAUUCAUUAAUAGAACUAAUUGAGUAAUAGAAUCAAAGCAUCAAUUUUUAUUUGAUUUUGGCCAUGUUAGUAGAAGUAAAAUUAGGGUGAUUAGUCUCAUACCAGCAAUAUAUUGUUGGUCCAUCAAAACAAAAUAGUCUGCCACUUCAUUGUAAUGAAAUGUAGUAAAAAUUAUGGCACUUGUGCUUGACUAAAUAGUAAUGAAAAUAAAUAUAUAAAUAUCAUACUAUUCA